CUGAUAUACUUGCUGUUGUUGCUGCUAGUAUUCUUGCUGUUGUUGCUGCUAGUAUUCUUGUAGUUGUUACUGCUAGUAUGCUUGUGGUUGUUGCUGCUGGUAUGCUUGCAGUUGUUACUGCUGGUAUGCUUGUGGUUAUUACUGCUGGUAUGCUUGUGGUUGUUACUGCUAGUAUGCUUGCAGUUGUUACUGCUGGUAUGCUUGCGGUUGUUGCUGCUGGUGUGCUUGCAGUUGUUGCUGCAGUUGUUCUUAUGGUUGUUGCCGCUGUUGUUCUUGUGAUUGUUGCUGGUAUAAUUGUAGUUGUUAUCAUGGCUUCUUGA